AUGAGUAUGAAAUGGCUUUUUCAGCAGAGUCGGCACGCGGCAGAGCAACCUCAACAGAAUAACAAGUUGGCAACACCUGACCAAUUUACUUUUACUUGGACCGUUAGGGAUUAUCAUGAAGUAGCAGAUUUAUAUCCAACUGGAAGAUGGUUUUAUAGUGAUAGUUUUGUCGAACCGAAUAAUCCUCAACAAAAAGGUGUUGGAUUAGAUUCUUCGGAUUAUUUAUGGCGAAUGUGCAUGUAUCCGAAUGGAGUUUCACAAACUGAUAAAAAUUAUUUGGGAUUAUUUUUAAAGGCUAUUCCAACGGAUCUUGAGAGGGAUGGAAAUUCGUCAGGAAGGGAACGAACGUAUGCCUUUGAAGUAUAUCGUUUAGAAUCUUCAAUAUGUAGUUCUUCUGCGUUAGGUUCGGUCACUCCAACCCCAGUUUUACUGAAAAAUGAAAAAUUCUCAAAGACGAGAUUUGGUUUUGGAUCUGAUCAGGUGUUUGGACGAAGGCAAUUUUUAAAAUUGUCGGAAGUUUAUCCAGAUCCAACGAGCAAAUUUGAUCUGAUAGUGAGAGUUCGCAUCACAAAUGAAGAAAAUGCUGCAUUAUUAGCAUCUUCAACAGAUAUGCCACAUGGUGAAUUCCCAUUAGCUACUCAAAUUCCUCGAUAUUUUGAUGAUGAUCGAUUUUGUGACGUUGAAUUCACCUUUACAUGUGGGUCAAGGAUUAGGGCACAUCGUAUAAUUCUAGCUUCGCAGUCGAAAUAUUUUGAAUCUUUGUUAAGCGGACAAUGGGUAGAAGGUCGCAAUAAAAUAAUUCCCAUCAAGGAAAUUGAUUAUGAGAUUUUUAGGUGCGUGAUGUUUUAUCUUUAUACGGGAAAAUUAGAAGAAAAUCUGGAAUUGGAUACUCUCAAAUCUGCAUAUAUGAAAGCAGAUAUGCUUGGUUUAGAAACCUUUGGGAAAUUACUUGCUAAUCGAAUCGCGGAAGAUGUGAAUGUUGAUAAUUGGGAUGAAAUCCUGCUGUUGGGAUGGCAGAUGGGUGAUACAUGUUUGAAAUCUGCUGCUAUGGGAUUCGCGACAACGAGGUGGGAGGAACUUAAAAGUACAGAGAAUAUGCAACGUGUCGUCGGUUGCGGAAAUAUUGAUUGGAUAGAAGAAUUGAUAUCUGCUAAAAUCUUUGGCGUGCAUGAAUCAAGCCGAAAAUAA